UGCCACAGCCAAAAAUCGCCUCCACAUCGACCGGCGCCUCCAUCUCGCUUCGUCGCUCGCACCAUCAUCUGCCCAUCAUCUCCAUCGGCCUCGAACAGCACCACGUCUUGCCAUGUCUAGUCGACCGAUCACCCAAUCCGAGCUGCUGCAGUGGGCCGUUCUCAACACGGCCACUCAAGGCGAAGACACUACAACCGAGACCAGGCCCGAGCUACUCCAGCGCGGCCCGAUCGACCCCAAGUGGAUCGAGGUGAUCUUGGGAAAGGAAGACUCGGCCAGGAUGAAGGAAUGUGUCGAGACCUGUGCCGAUCCCAAUCGCACGCUUGACGAAAAAUACGUCGCCAUGGACGAGUUGGAAAUGCUCGUCGAAUCGCUCGACAAUGCAAAUGAUCUCCGAGUGCUGAAGCUUUGGAAGCCGAUCAUCAGCAUCCUGGAGUCUGAUCCAAAUGCAGAGCUCCGAGCCAUGGCUGCGUGGGUUCUUGGAACCGCCGUACAGAACAAUUCUCAGGCCCAGAACGAUAUGGCAGCUGAGGGUGGCCUUCCGGUCGUCGUCAAAGUGUUGCAGGUUGACCCAAGCCACCAGGUCCGGGCCAAGACCAUGUACUGCCUGUCGAGUCUCCUGAAGCACAACGAGGCCGUGCUCGACGCAUUUAUCGAACUGCACGGAUUCAAGGCUUUCUUCCGGCUCUUGGACGCCGCCAAUAUGGAGGACGUGAACAUGUACAAGCGGCUGGUGUGGUGCAUCCACACCCUGCUGAUGGAAGCCGGACAGGAGGGCCACAGCGCCAAGACAAAGGCCCAAGAGGAGGUCCAGAAGACAGGCAUUGUGGAGGCCACGAUCAAUCUGCUCGGAUCGAAGGAAUGCACGGAAGACCUGGCGAACAACAUCAUCUGUGUUGUGAGCACCUUUAUCCGCAACGAUAUGGUGACGCAGCAGCAACAGGGCAAGCUGCGACAGCAUCUUGCUCGCUGGGCGCAGAUCGAUGAGUCAAAGGAGUGUGCCGAUCUGCUGGCGGUCCUAGAAUCAAUACAGCCAUCUCCUGCGAGGAGGAACAGCAGGC